UCUGGCUGACACGCCUCCUCUACGUCGACAAGUGACGUAUGACGCCCGGGGUCCUUUUGACGUAGCCGAUUUUCGGUGCCUGACUAGAACGGUAGCUGGCCAUUACAAAUCGGCGUAGCGUAAAGCGGAAGCCAGCGAAGGCCCCGAAGCUCCCAGCGGAGAGCAGACCGGCGAGGAGAGGGGAGCCGCGGGGCCGGUUUGUUGUGGAUAUCUGGACUUGUUGGGAUGGAUCACAAGGAGGACCCAGACAUCAGAGAAUCUUUUGCCAACAUCAAGAAGGCCCCUCGAAGCAAAUUCCCUCACAGAUACUCCAAGGAAGAACUUCUGGACAUUAAGGAACUACCACACUCUAGACAGAGGCCAUCUUGUUUACUUGACAAAUAUGACAGCGAUGGCGUUUGGGACCCUGAAAAAUGGCAUGCGUCUCUAUACCCAAAUUCUGGACGCAGCUCUCCUGUUGACUCUUCAAGAAAAGACAUUGAUGCCGAAAGAACUUCUCUGAAACGUCGGAUAGCAGACCCAAGGGAACGAGUGAAGGAAGAUGACCUUGAUGUGGUUCUCAGUCCACAACGGAGGAGCUUUGGGGGUGGUUGUCACGUUACUGCUGCAGUUGGUUCACGCCGAUCUGGAAGUCCACUUGAUAACAAGGAAAAUGAGAGCUUGCGACUUAUUGGUGGGCGAAGAAUUGGAAGUGGCCGCAUCAUAGGAGCUAGAGGCUUUGAACGUGAUCUACGAGAACCUCGUGAGACAAGAGAAAAGGAGUACAAAGAUAAGCGUUUCCGGAGAGAAUAUGGUGAUAGUAAGAGAGUGUUUGGUGAGCGCAAGAGGAAUGAUUCUUAUACAGAAGAGGAGCCGGAAUGGUUUUCUGGUGGUCCUACUAGCCAGUCUGAAACAAUAGAGCUCACUGGGUUUGAUGAUAAAAUUCUGGAGGAAGAUCAUAAAGGAAGAAAAAGGACACGAAAGCGACCCUCUUUUGUGAAGGAAGGAUUUGAAUGUAAUGGUGGUGUCUUGGAGGAGGAAGAACCGGCUGCUCUUCAAAGAGAAACGGCUGACCAGGAAGUGCCUCAAGAGGCUGUUCUCCCAGAACCAGCCCCGGGAGAGUUUGACUUCAAUGAGUUCUUUAACUUAGACAAGUCUGUGCCUGGCCUGGCAUCGAUGAUUGAGGAUGUACUUGGGGAAGGAUCAAUGACUGCCAGCAGGUUUAGCAGAUGGUUCUCAAGUAACAGCCAUUCUGGGAGUCGUUCCAGCAGUCUGAGGUCCACCCCUCAUGAAGAACUGGAAAGGCUAGCAGGCUUGGAACAAGUCCUACCCUCUCUUGGACAGAACUCUGGAAAUUAUUUUGCUCCUAUUCAAUUUGAAGAAAAUGCUGACAAAGUUGACAUCUUGGAGAUGUUCCAGAAAGCCAAAUUGGAUAUAAAGCCUUUGUUGUCAAACCUCACUGCAAACAAAGAAAAGCUACGGGAGAGCAAGCAUUCUGGGGUGGCAUUGUCAGUGGAACAAGUUGAAGCUGGACUUAAAGGUUUGAAAGUAGAGCAAGAGAACAAGAUUGCAACUCCGUUUAUGGCUGAACAGCUGGAGGAGACUUUGACUGCUGUGACUGGUUCAAGGAAAACACAGAAGGAUGGUGAUAUGUCUGCUUUUAACAAACUUGUAAGCAGCAUGAAGGCAAGUGGGACGCUGCCUUCACAACCCAAAGUCAAUCGGUCCCUAGAUGGCCAUUUGAUGCCCUCUUCUGAUGUCACAGGUCCUUCUUCUCUCCAGAGGAAUAUUCUUCAGGAGCUUCUUGGUCCUCCCAUUCCUGAUCCGUCCUCUAGUGUCCUCAAUAAUAUUAUGGGGACUCUGGAUCCUACAGUGUCUAUGCUACGGCAAAGGACACCUUCUCCUCAGAUGUCACAAGUGUUCCCCACACGUGCCUCCUCUGCAGAUUACCUUCGAAACCGAGUACCUUCUCCGCUAGGUUUUCCCUCUAGCCCUCAACAGCUUCUUGGAGAACAGUUUCCCACUAGAAUGCUUAAGGCUGAUAGCCCAGUCAUGGCACAGAUUAGUUCAUUGGAAAUGCAACAAGCUGUGAUGGAUGGUUUAGUGCCACCUGAACUAGCUUUCCAAGCUGCUAACUACUUCCACCCAGUCUAUGGCAAAAUGCAAAUGGAGAAAAACAGAGAUGGGUUCCGUAACAGGUUGCAAAGGUUAAACAAAUCUCCAGUAGGUCAUCUUCGAGGGUCAUCUGUGUCUCCAGGACCUAGUGCCCCUGUUACUAGUAUGCUUUCUCCAUCCUUUACACCUACCUCAGUGAUCCGCAAAAUGUAUGAAAGCAAAGAGAAGUGCAAAGAUGACCCUGUGGGAAAACAGAAUGCUCAUGGGAAAGAGGAGGGACGAAGAGGACAAGAAGAUGGAGCAUUAACUAGUCCAGUAUCUGACCAUGUCCAAGGCACUUCUCCUCCACUGCUGGGACAAAGAUUUCCAGCAUCUCAACGUUCUGGCUGCACCCCACCAUUACCCCACCAGAAUCGCUACACCAAAGACCAGGACUAUCGUCCCAAAUCUACUGGGAGGCAAACUCCUACUAUGACAUCACAGGUGCCUGGAGCUUCCUUCCUACGCCCUCUCCACCAGGUACCUGUUGCGCCAGUUGUUCGACCAUCCCAUCAGUUGCAUCCAGGGUUGGUGCAAAAGAUGCUGGCACAGGGAGUUCCUCCACAACAUCUGUCGCUCUUACAGGCAGGACUGCUGCCUCCUGGUAUUGACUUGUCUGCUCUUCAUGCUCUUUCACCAUCUGUCCUUGGUCAACCCUUUUACCCACUGGCACCUACAGGGCACCCACUUCUCAAUCAGCGCCCUACAAACCCUCUACAACUUGCAAUGAUGCAGCAGUCCGUGCAUCGUUUUAUUUUUCCCCCCCCAGCAUCUGGCACACACAACUUCUCUGGCAUGCACGCGUCGUCACAAGGUUUGUCAAACCGGCCCAAUGUGCAUAUAAUGGAUCAGCGUCCUCAGAGGAGUUCUUCUCCUGUUGGAUUGGCUAAAUGGUUCGGAUCUGAUGUUCUCCAGCAACCCUUGCCCUCUAUGCCCGCUAAAGUGAUCAGUGUGGAUGAGCUUGAAUACAGACAGUGAAGUGGAGCCGGACGAUCUGGUGAUGAACAGUCUGAUCCCUUCCAGGCAGAGAAUGGCUGGUGUCUUGUACCCGGAGACGCAUCUACUCAACUCUGUUUUUGUUUAGAUAUGGGCCGUGAA